UAUUUCACGUAUCUGUUGCAGAUUUACUGGUAUUGACCUAAUCUGUGGUUUUGACAAAAAGAAGAUCUUUCUUUUUAGUUGUUUGACAGUUGAUCGAGCACAUUUCGUGAAGCUUCAUCAUGCAAAUCUUCGUGAAAACCCUUACGGGUAAAACUAUUACUCUCGAGGUUGAAGCCUCUGACACCAUAGAAAAUGUUAAAGCUAAGAUUCAGGAUAAGGAGGGAAUCCCGCCAGACCAACAGCGUUUGAUCUUCGCUGGAAAGCAGCUUGAAGAUGGUCGUACCUUAUCUGAUUACAAUAUUCAGAAAGAGUCCACUCUACAUCUUGUACUAAGGCUUCGUGGAGGUACAAUUGAACCAUCUCUUCGUAUCUUGGCCAUGAAGUACAACUGUGAGAAAAUGAUCUGCCGCAAAUGUUAUGCCCGUCUGCAUCCUCGUGCAACUAACUGCCGCAAGACCAAAUGUGGGCACACCAACAACCUCCGCCCCAAGAAGAAGCUUAAGGAUUAAAUUCACGUGUUCCAUAAUUGUGGCUAAUUUACAAGUAUAAUAUUAAAAGUAUAAAAAAACAGAAA